AUGAAUUCUUUCCAGUAUCACGAAUACAAUCCUCAGAAAUACGCUUUUUCUUCUGAUGUCAGAUGCAAGAUAGUUCAGUCAGUCCUGGACAGUCUCUUCGGGAGUCUGAAGUGGCGCGGUGGUGAGAGAGUCAUGGACAUUGGGUGUGGCAUUGGUGAUGUGACGCGCCGAUGCUUUCUUCCUCUGCUUCCGGACAAUUUCCAGAGACUUGUCUGCGCGGAUUUCUCGCCAGUGAUGCUGGAAGCUGCGAAACUGGAAUUCCGCGGAAUCGAUCGAGUGGAUUUUCUCCAAAUGGACAUCGGAAAGAACGUGGAAGAUUCACUGAAGGGAACCUUCGACAGGAUCUUCUCCAGUUUCUGCCUUAUGUACGUCCAGGAUCAGAAACAAGUCUUCAAGAACAUCUUUGAUCUUCUCACGCCUGGAGGAGAUUGUGUUAUUAUGUUUAUGCGCAGAGGAGCGAUUACGGAGACAGGAAUUCAACUCGUGAACACUCCGAAAUGGAAAGACAGACUGAAGCACUACAGAGAAGUGUUUGUCUUUCCCUAUCGCGAAGAUCCCGAUCCUGUGGCGACUCUAGAGAACCUCUUAAAAUCCGUGGGAUUCCAGGAAGUUUCCGUGGAGAAGGAAGACUUCAAUCAUGUUUAUCCAUCAACUGAGAACUUCAGAGAGACAUUAAUGUGUUUGCCGGACUUUCCGAACAACUUGUCAGAGGACGAAAAGGACGAUCUUGUUGAUGAUCAAGUUGAUCUUGGGUCUUCUUUCAACAUCAUAAGACCAUUCAGAGACGAAACCAAGCCAAUGAAAGAGAUUCCCUAUCAAAAUCUCAUCAUUUAUGCCAGGAAACCAGAAGCUUAA